UCGUGAUUAUCUUUAUGUUAGCAUCUGAUUGUCACAAUAAAACCAAAUAAAAUAGAUCAUCAUAUCUGUCAAGCGUACCGUGAUCGUAUUUGUACUAACAGGAUAUGAACUGUUAGGAAAAAUUACGAAUAAUUGUUUUUUUAAUGAGUGAAUCAUAGUUUAAAUUUCAGAUACCGCUACGUUGUGCACAUAAUAAAAUAUAUUACAUAACAAUUCAUCUCUUAGAUUGAAGUAGAUUAAACAAAUGUCACCAAAACGAGUGCUGAUUGUCAAUGGAUCCUAUCCCGUUGCCGGCUUGGACAUAUUCAAAAAGAACAAUGUAGAGACAGAAGUGUUUCCUCAUAUGGACUAUGAGCAGGAUUUUAUGGAAGUUCUGAAGCUGAAUCUUAACGGAUACGAUGGUUUGAUCUGGAAUACGAGGCACCGACUCACCGCUGAGAUCCUCGAUUUGGCGGGUCCUCAAUUAAAAGCCGUAUCGGCAAUGGCGUCCGGUAUAGAUAACUUCGACCUGGACGAAUUGAAAAAACGGGGUAUACCGCUGGGCAAUACUCCUAAUGUCUUGAACAACGCUGUAGCCGACAUCGCUGUGGGUCUCAUCAUAUCUGCCGCUCGGAAGUUUAAAGAAGGCGUUUCAAUGAUUGAAAGAAACGAGUGGAAGUUCGGCGUUCAAUGGAUAUUAGGACAGGAUAUCGCGGGCAGCACCGUUGGUGUCAUCGGCCUGGGUGGUAUUGGACAAGCCGUCGUCAGAAGACUGAAAGGUUUCGACGUGUCGAGGUUCUUAUACUGCGGGAGAUCUGAUAAACCUGAAGCGAAGUUAUUAGGGGUGGAGCGUGUGCCACUACAAGAACUGCUGGGGGAGAGUGACUUCGUUGUGCUAGUUUGUCCGUUGACGAAUGAAACUAGACAUUUAAUCAACGCUGACACAUUGAAGAUGAUGAAGAAGAACGCUGUAUUAGUUAACAUCGCACGAGGAGAGAUAAUAGAUCAUGUUGCACUUUACGAAGCGUUGAAGAACGAGCAGAUAUUCGCUGCCGGACUGGACGUGGUGUCCCCGGAGCCGAUCCCCGCAGACCAUCCCUUGCUGGCCUUGCCGAACUGCUAUAUAAUACCGCAUUUAGGCAGCGCGACAAUCGAGACAAGAAACAAAAUGGCCGUCAACGCGGCGAAAAACAUUAUUUUAGCAUUCGAAGGAAAAAGUAUGUUGUACCCUACAUAUUAACGUCAUCAGCAUUUCAUAAAAAUGAUUACAAGUACAGAUAACACGUUCGUUGUAUUUAAAUUGCAUAUUAAAAUUUUUUGAGCAAAA